AUGUGCCCCUGGGCUUGGCGUCAAGGCGUCUACAUUUAUUCGGCCGUCGUCAUGUCGUUCCUGACUGUAGAAUAUCUCAUUUUCGCUCUUCUGUUUUUCCGCUUCCGCAAGUCCUUCCACACCAUGUUCUCGUGAGUUUUCAUUCGCUUUCAGGGUAAUAAAAAAUGAGCCGAAACAGCUUUGAAGUUUCAAGUUGUACAUCAUUUCCUAAUACUUGAAACGUUAUGGUUUUUCCAACCCAUGCUGAAAUUAUCUUGUUCAAGAACUUCUCGCCGUUCUUUCAAAUGAUGGAAAAAAAUAGGGAUCAGAUACAGUAUGCUAUUGUAAGUUGUAGCGGACUAAGUAAAAGUACGAAUAGUCUAAAAAUCUAAGUUUAUAGGCUUUAUCACAGAACUUCCAGCCACAUUUUACAAUAACUAUCUAAAUUCACACUCAAAAAAAUAUGCUUUGCUAAAAAUUUAUAUAUAAUUUUUUUCAAUGAUUAUUGAAAAAAUUUGAAUGUUCCAGUUUAAAAAAAUUGAAAUCUUGAAGCUCUUUCUAGAUAGGGAUGCUUCCAAAAAAGUUUUUCUAAACUAAAAAAAUAAUAAGAUCUUGUUUGGAUUAGAGGUGAGUCAGAACCGGAAUAAUCAACCACACAAGCUGACAUUUCAGAAAGGUUAAUGGAGUUGUUUUGGAACUUGAUUAAUUUUCAGAACUUCGCUGCUCAUACUGAUUCUGACUAACGCAACCUACAACUUUGGAAUCUUUGCAAGGAAUUUUUCUCAUGCGAUCGAUGAGACAAGUCUUUGGGACUUUUUGGGCGACGUCAUCGUUGCUGAGGCCUAUGCCUACAUGCAAGCUAUAGGUUUUUAGACUUUCAUGAAAAUUCAAGGACAGUCGAUUGAGAAUGAACAAAGCAAUGAAGAAGGGGAAAAAUGAAUUAACAAUUGCGUGAAAAAUUCGUCCGAAAGUUGUACUGUAAUGGAUAGAAUCCUUUUAAGGUUUAAAAAUCAUGAAUCCUGAUUGAAAAUUGUCAAAAAAAUAGAAAACGAAACUUCCGGAAAAAUGACAUAGCAACAUUUAAAACUUGCCUUGAAAUUGAAGUUUGAACAUUUUUCUAUGGGCUCGAGAGAUUUUUCUUUUUGAAUUUGAAGAUAAGCGAUUCUGAUUUUCCAGAACUGAUAAUAUUGGUGGAACGACUGUUUGCCCUAAUUUACGCGGAGAAUUACGAAAAUAAGUGUUACUGGCCGAUCUACCUUGUGGCUCAGUUGAUUGCGGUCAGUGAAACAACCGUAUUUCCUUGUUUUCAAAUAGCAAAUUUUUCAGGCCGUUCUAGUCUUUGUACAGGUUUUCCUGUGUGACAUGGACCCUCUCUGUAUCGACGACAGCGGAUAUUUCCGCAUCGGAUUUUCUCUCUUCAUUACGAUUGUUAGUUGAUAGGAAUCUUAUAUGUAUGAAAUGCUAUUGGCAUUUCAGGGCAUCGUAAUAAUGUACUUUGCGAACCAUUACUGCAAAAGGAAGUCUCGCACGACCGCGUCUCUCAGCACCAAGUACCAGUUCCUGGAAAACGCCGCUACUUUGAGGUUCGUUAUGGAAGGUUUUGUCCAGUCCGAAAGGUUCCAGGCAACAAUUUAUGAAAGAAUGGUCUUACGGCCCUCCUUCUUUUCUGGGCCUAGUCCAUCCAGUUGAGCCUCGACGAGCUCACAAUAUAGCGGAUGAUGUGACUGGAGCAGAAUUUAAUGAAAGUAGUAGAUGCUUUUAAGUUAGCACGGAUUGAAAAAGAGGAAAAAUUUCACCCUCAUCAUCCAAAAAAACCUUCCCUUCGACUUUGAAACUCCCUUGGGCACGAGGCCUUUUUUCUCGAUUCUUCUAUAUUUUCGUUUUGUUUUCGGUGCAAAUUCAUCACGGACCACCAACUCAGUGCGAUUCUGAAGAACAAAAGAAAGGAGCCAGCAAAAGAAAGUUCACUAACGCACAUAAUUCAUUACAAUCAUUUUUGCAAGGAAAAAUCUCCCAAAGCAUCAAUAUUUGCAUACAGCAGGUUUUGGGGAAUCAAGACCAACGAUUUGAUUAUUGCUUUGUUUGAAUGUGUAUUAAACAUUUCCAAAAAGGAUUCCGGUAAAAGAUUUGCCUUUCUCGGUGUUAUUUUUAGCCGAAGCGUCUGCUUUUUUUUAUUGACUCAGAAAUUUCCGAUAUAAAACUGCAACUGAUUGAAUCGAAAAUUGAAAAUGAACUUUCAGACUGAUGCUUCCAUAUAUGGCGCUCAACACCUUGCUCUGGCUUCUAUUCUCAGUCUCCAACUAUUUUUUCGACGCCGCUCACUUUUUCGACGUGGAACUUUGUACUCAGCGCGUCUACUAUUUACCUCUCUACCUUUUCAUUCGAACGGUAUUUCUGAAAUCUCAUCAUUCAAAUUACGAAUAGAAAACUCAGGUCAACUUUCUAAUUUUGGCGAUCAUCCCAAUUUUGGCGGCCAAGCAGAACGAGCUCAUGUGGAAGGCUGUGAAUGGACUGAUCGGGCGGAAAGUCAAAGAAACGGUGAUUUUUUUUUGUUUUGCAUUAUUGGGAAUUUUUUGAAGUUAUGGAUAUAUAGCUCAUCAUUACUUGAAAAUAAUUACUUGUUUGUGCCCUUUUUGUAUACUUCUCCUUGUGGCGCAAGCCGUUACAGAGUCGGAUGCGUUGGAUAUUUCAACUAAUUAACUUUUGAAAUUCAGAAGUUCUGUACUGUCAACAUUCCCGAGCAGAAAAUGGACGUCUACUUUGUAGAACUGCAACGAGUAUGGCACUCUACGGGGCCAAGAAACUGA